AUGUCAGUACUGCCAGUCCCAGAUGGGCACCACUACGAAAAGCCCGGUGAUUUCAUAUGGGACACCUAUCUUAAGGCCGCUAAAGCCGAAGACGAAGUGCGGCCGAAGAACUGGGAAGGCAGUACGACCGGCAUCUUGACCUUUACUGGUCUCUUCGCUGCUACAGUCGCGACUUUCAUAGUCGAGAGCUACGCAUUGCUAUCUCCAGAUCCCAGUGACCGCACGAACGCACUCCUCGAACAGCUCUUCGUCGCAAUGGCCAAUGCAUCCUCGCAAGCACCCAUAACGAUACCGCCUGUAGAAGCAUUCUCUGCUCCUCCAACGGCUGUCGUUACCAACGUGUUCUGGUUCUCAAGCCUGCUCAUAGCACUCAUCUGCGCGCUCCUAGCAACUCUAGUCCAGGAAUGGUCACGCGCCUAUGUGCAAGACAUCAACAGACGUCAGGUCUUCCACGACGACAUACGAACCCGCGCCCUCAAUCACAUCUUCAUACGCAUGGGUGUCAACCGUUACGGGAUGGACCAGUUCGUGUCGUGGAUCGUAGCGCUCAUGCAUCUUUCCGUCCUUCUGUUUGCCUGUGGCCUCCUAGCCUUUCUCUUCCCUAUAGAUCAUAUCGUCGCUGGCUUUGCCACGGGCGUCAUAGCAGUAUUUCUGCUCAUAUAUAAUGCGGCGAGCAUGAUCCCUCUUCUCGAUAAGAGCUGUCCGUAUCGGACGCCCGCUUCGUACAUGAUGGCAUUCGCCUGUUGGCUUCUUCUGCACAUCCCGCUUCCUACUACAGGGUCAUCUGCAGGUCCUGCUUUGCCCACAUCACGCUUACAAGUCACACUACACGACAUCAUCACGCGGAAACAUCCAGACGAGGCAUUCAUAUCCCGCCCGCACUCCCAAUUCAUCUGGGAGAGCACGUACCCGCACAUAGACCAAGGCAACGAUGCACUGUUUCUUACCGAUUUACCCUCGUUCAUCACCAUGCACGUCCCGGAAGACUUCGACGUCCUCCUAUCGCGCAUGUUCGCGAACUUCGAUCUCUCUGAGACGUUGUCGUCCUUUUUCCUUCGAUUAUACCGCGAAGGCUCCUCGUCGCUUUCGGCGCCCAUUGACUCCGAGAUACUGCGACUGGUGAUGCUCCUGGGCAAGAUCACAUGCGACCUGGAAGGAGCACAUUACCGUGAUGAUGAUGGCAAAGGUCUCAACGCUCACUUUCGCGUGGUCUACUGGAUGGGCCUGCAUUACCGUCAAAGCGCGAACAUCAUCUCCCGCAUCGCAGACGCCAACGGCCCUUCAUCCCUCUCCGCAUCAGCAUGUCUCACAUCCGUGCGAUGGUCUCUGAUCGGGCUGUGCUUUCGGGUGCUGGAAAACAAGAUCCCAAUCCCGGACGAAGAAGAGGUGCGCAAGGUCGUGCGGCUCACCAGCUCGCCCGUCGAGGCGACGCUCAGCCUCGCUCCGCACACGCUUUUACUACUCUUCGCCGCCGGAACAUAUCCCGACUUCAAUGGUUCGUGGUAUCGCACGGGCGGGACGACGCUGCUUCCUCUACACGACGACGACUGUUGCACGAACUGGCGACAUACGCUCGACGGCGGAAUGAAGGGUCUGGCGCAUAUGGCCGCAUGCAACCUGCUGACGAUGAUAGCGCGUAUCUUUGAGUCCACCACCGAACAGAGAGACCACGCAACCAGCCUCUUCACCGACCUCAGCCAGAACUUCAGAGACUGGGUCCCCACAUACUCGCUCACGUUCCGCCUUCUACGAGACACCGGCAAGCGGAAGCCUCCAUCAGAGGCCUUCGUAUCCAUGCUACAUUCCGCAGGACUCGAUGCGUGGCUGGAGCCCGGAAGUUCGUUCGAGUAUACGCCGCCUACUGGACUGGAAUUGGGUCUGGAUGACGUGCGUUGA